GACCCCGGCCCUGGGAGCCGGCAGACGGGAGGGGGGCACCGAGGAACGUGGGUGUUUUGUGCCCAGUGCCCGCGCCGGCUGCCCUGGGCCCUUCCUGCCACGUUGGACGGCAAUCCUGCCAGGGCGCCACCGGGGAGCCGCAGCGGUGAUGUCCGAGAUGGAGAUGGAGGCCACGGUGCCCAUCUGGCAGAACAGGCCCCACGGCUCGGCGCGCAGUGUGGUGCGAAGGAUCGGCACAAACCUGCCCCUCAAACCGUGCCCGCGGGCGUCCUUUGAGGUCCUGCCCAGCGUCUCGGACCUGUGCCUGAGCGAUGCCCCCCCCGUGCCCACCCUGGCCGACAUCGCCUGGAUCGCCGCUGACGACGAGGAGACCUACGCCCGCGUCAGGAGCGACGCUCGGCCCCUGCGGCACAAGUGGAAGCCCAGCCCGCUGUGCGUCAUGCAGCGCAACGCCUCGGUGCCCAACCUGCGGGCGCAGGACGGGCGGCUGCUGGCCCUGAAGAAGCCGGGGCUGCCCGCGCUGAGCCGCACCGCCGACCUGCAGGACGAGCUGACCCACCUGCGCAGCCAGAUCGCCAAGAUCGUCGCCGCCGGAAGCCCAGCCUCGGCCAGCCUGCAGCCCGAAGCGACCCCUGCGUCCUCUGCCUUCCCUACGUUGGCCUCCUUCUCCUCCACCAAGUCCUUCGUCAUCAGCGACAUCACCGAGGAGGCCGAGCCGGAGGGGCCGGAGCCGGACGGGACCCCCGGACCCUGCCCCGCCCCCGCCGCCGCCCCCGCCACCCCCGGAGAGGGCUCGGCCGAAGAGGACAACUGCGUGUCCCUGUCCAAGGCCAGCAGCUUCGCGGACAUGCUGGGCAUCCUCAAGGACAUUCACAGGCUCAGGCAGGGCCAAGAUGGGAGCCGGGGGGUGCUGAAAGAUGGGGAGGACCCGGCCACCCUCAUCGCCGAGGUCCUGAGGAGAAAGUUUGCGCUGAAAGCGGAAGACGUGAGUGGGAAAGGACAGUGAGCAGGGUGGGCCCCGGCCCGCCCCGUCCCACCCCUCUCUGCCCUCACAGACUCGGGCUUCCCGGAGUCCCUCUCGCCCCGGCUUUGCUCUCCCCUAGAACAGCAGGAGAGGGCACAGGAAGGGGUAGUUUUGGGGGGGGCGAGGGCCCAUCCCCUACCUCCCCCAUGUGGUACUGGUAUCCCAGGGCCCUUUUUCAUACACCGAU